AUGUCCCAACUCCCCCCGGCCUUCCCGCCGCGGUCGAGGCUAACGGUAUCGACGAGCGGACGACCGGUCGAUGCGCCGACGGGGGAUGCUCAUGACGUAUCACGGGCGCCGCCGAUGGGGGUGGACUGGGACGAGGAGGCCUCGACUCGCGGGGAUUUGGAGCGCCUCUCCGGAGGCAGCGACUUCAGCGGCUACGCCGAUAGCGUGUUCAGCGGUGAUUCCGGGUACACCGGCCUCUCUGGGGUGAGUGGCGCGUUCCACAACCGGGCGUUGUUACCGCCACGCGUGCGCGGCAACCCGCUCCUCGAUCCCACCGCUCCCGACUACGACCCGAGCGAACACCUCAAACGCCUGACCGAGAACGACGCCUCGGACGACGCCGACCGCUUCUCGCUCGCGCGCGGGCUGUCCAUGGGCCUCGGGUCCCUCGCCCUGGACGACGGAUACGACGCCAUCUCCACCUUCGAGGGAACGUCCAGGUCGGACGAAUCCCGCGCGAGGUCGGCGGCGCGGCGCGACCCGGACCGGCGACGAUACGGCGACAUCACCACCGCCGCGAGCGCCGCGGAGACGGGGGACGCGGGCGCGAUAGACUACGCGCACAGGCGCGGGGUGGACCUCGACGAGAUCGACGGGGACGGACGCGCCGCGUUGCACGUCGCGGCGGAGCGGGGCGACGUCAUCGUCGCCAAGCGGCUGAUGGAACUCGGCGCGGACCCGAACGUGGAGGGUCCCUUGGGCCUGACCCCGGCGCACGUCGCCGCGUACUGCGGCAACGUCGACGUGCUGGACGCGGUGCUGGACGGCGGCGGGAACACCAACGCGCGGGAUAGGGAUGGGAGCACCCCGCUGCACUGGGCGUGCUCCGCGGGGAGGCUUCGAAGCGUCCGGCGGCUCCUUCGCCGCGACGACGUCGACACGGGCGUUUUAAACGAAAAGGGGCUCACCGCGAGGGACGUGAGCGAGCGCGAGUCGUGCGCGGCGGCGGUCAUAGAGUUCGACGCCACCGCGACGGUGCACAACCUCGCGGCGGACGGGAAGCUUCCGAUGGUCAGGCGCGCGCUGGACGACGCGUGGAAGUCGAGGCGGACGACGGAGGAGGUGCUCGAGUCGACGGACGCGGCGGGGGAGACGAUGCUCCACCACGCGUGCCGCAACGGGCGUCUCGAGAUGGUGGAGGCGCUGUACGCGGAGUACGGCGCGAACCCCGACGCGAGGUCCGGCGUGGACGGCGCGACGCCUCUGCACCUCGCCGCCGCGGGGGGACACGUGGAGUGCAUGCGCGUGUACGCCGUCAACGCCGGGUUUCCCCGGCGGCUGCAGCAGCGCACGCUCAUGCGCACGAGAUCGUCCAACGACGGGUCCAAAUCCGGACGGACGAACGACGAUCUGUUCGAGUUCGACGACGACGGCGACGACAGGGCGAGGUGGCUGAGGCGGAUCAAGCGCGUCGGCGCGGGGGGCGAGGCUGUCCCAUCCGGGUCGACUCCGAUCCACAUGGCGGCGCAAAACGGUCACGUCGCCGCCGUCGAAUUCCUCAUCGACCAGAUGCACGCGGACGUGGAGGCGAAGGACGACGAGGGAAGCACGCCGCUGCACGUCGCGGUGGCGCGAGGGCACGUCCACGUCGUCGCGUGUCUCCUGCGACGAGCCGCGAAGGUGGACGCGGUUGACGAGCACGGGUGCCAGCCCCUUCACCUCGCCGCGGAGCGCAACAACGCGGCGGCGAUAAAGAUGCUGUUGGAGAGAGGCGGCGAGGAGCUCGUCGUGGCGAGGAACGCGUACGGGCACCUACCCGUGCACCUCGCCGCGGCGAUGGGGCAUUUCGAGGCUGUGACGACGCUGUUACCGGACGAGCCGGCAAACUCCGGGGACAACUCCGAAGACGAAAACAGAGAAAAUUCACCCGCGAAGUGGUGGGAGCGCAACAGCGGCGACGCGAACGACGCUUUGCACGCGCUGCGGGUCGCGAAGCGCCGAGCGAGGGAAAAGGAUCGCGCCGCGCGCCAAGAUCGCCGCGCGAGGAAGCCCGGCGAGCCCUCGCGCGGCAGGGGCGUUAACGUCGGCGGUCACCUCGGUUGGACGGCCCUUCACCUCGCGGCGCACGGAUGCCACCUGGAACUCGUCGAGCACCUUCUAUCGAUACCAGGCGCGGACCCGAGCCCCAUAGACGCGUCCGGCGCCACGCCUUUGCACCUCGCCGCGGAAGGAGGGUCCACCGCGGUCGUCGAGGCGCUCCUGUCGGCCAAGGGAGUGGACUCCACCCUCCGAACCGAUGCGGGAUUCACGCCGAUGCACAUAGCCGCGAUGGCCGGGCACUCGGCCGCGACCCGCAUGUUCAUACGCUACGCCCGGGACAGGGUCGUCGCGAUCAAGCAGCGCGCGAGACUGGCCGCGGACGAGGCGAGGGCGAGGGGCGAGGACGCGUACGCGGCUGCGGAAGCCGUCGCGGCGGAGGAAUUCGCCGAAGACGACGCGGGUGAGAUUAUUAACCUCGACCAGCCCUCGUCCUCGGGGUACACCGCGCUGCACCUGGCGGCGAUGCGCAAGCACGGACGCGUGGUGCAAUUGCUGCUCAACGAGGGCGCGAGGGUGGGUGUGGUUGGCGACGACGGGAAGACCCCACUUCACCUCGCCGCGCAGAGCGGCGCACACUCGGUGGUGAAGAUGCUGCUUCGCGCGACCAAGGGCGCGGCGGCGGCGGUGGUGAACGAUCGAACCAACGCGGGCGAGACGCCCGUGCUGCUCGCCGCGAGGGGCGGGCACAUAGAUGCCUUCGACGUGCUCAUGCACGCGGGCGCGGACCCGUUCAUCCCCGACGAGCGCGGGAACAGCUCGGUGCACGCGGCGUGCAAGUCCGGCAGCCGCGACAUAUUCGUCCGGCUUCUCAGCCACGCGUCUCGGGCGCACCUCGGCAUGGAGGUGUUCCGAGUGCCAAACUCGAGCAUGGAGCGGCCGAUACACCUCGCGGCGAGGAACGGCGGCGUUCACCUGGUCAGGUGCCUCAUCGACCGCGGCGCUGAUCUGUCGGCGGGUGACGAUCACGGUCACAACGCGCUGAUGGCGGCGUGCGAGGCGAACAACCCGGGCGCCGCCGCGCUCAUCAUCGACCAGGUGAAACAAUUCGGAUCCGAGGUGCACAACGACCUCACCAUGGCGCAGAUGCGGUGGCGCACGCUCAAGCGCGCGAUGCCCGACCUCAUCGCCGCUGUGAAGCUCGGGGUCGACCCGAUGGCAGAGAACGGCGCUUCCGAGCAGGCGCUCAUUGACAUAUCCCUGCAACGGAUGGGAAUAUCCGACGACGGGUCAAAGAUGCGUCGUUCGGCGUCCAAACAGAGCGUUGGGUUCAUGGAGGGCGAGGACGGCCAUCUCUACGCCAUCGACGAGGAGUUGAGCGACGAGGAGAGCACGGAGACUGAGAGCGACCUGGGCGGCAAGGGAUACAGCCUCCUCGCCAUAUUGGAGAAGGCCAGGGAGCAGUACAAGGUUCGCCAGCGCGACCGCUACGUCAACUACACAUCCCCGACAGACGGAUACAGCGCCCUGCACAUAGCCGCGGAGAAGGGACUGACAGCCAUCGUGCGACUGCUACUGGACUGCGGUGCUAACCCUGAUCUUCCUGACGGUAUUCGCUCAAACUGCGCGCUGCACUUUGCGGCCAGGGAGGGACACAGGAGGACGUGCACCAUGCUCGCCAGGUGGGGCGCGAGUCAAAAGUCGAUAAACGAUAUUUGGUACACGCCUUUACACCUGGCGGCAAAAGAGGGCGACCUGGAGAUCGUCGAGGCUCUGCUCGACGCGGCGGAUGCCGCGGGAUGCCUCGCCGAGGUCAUCAACUACCCACGCAAGGAUGGCACGUCGCCGUUGCACUCAGCCGUCGAACAGUCCCACGAGGACGUGGUGCGGACUCUGCUGAACCGGGGCGCAGACUGGGACGCGCGAACGAUAAGGAACGAGUCGGUCAUGCACGUCGCCGCGAGGACGGGGCACACGGGUAUUCUCAAGAUGAUAUUGAAGUGCCGGGAGGAUGCGAUAUGGGCGCUUCGGGAGGAGGACGGCUCAGAGUCGGAUGGGGAAGGGUCGGGAAGCGACGACAGCGAGGCUGAACUCGAGGACGACCCGAUGGGCUCGCGCGACCACACCGAGAGCAUGCCCCUUCACUGGGCUGCCGAGAACGGGCAUCUCGAGGCGGUUCGCAUGCUAAUAGCCGCCGGCGCGAGCCUCAUCAUCGGCGGCAUGUGGCGGGGAUCCACAGCGGCUCACCUCGCGGCUCGAAACGGACACCUGGACGUCGUCCGCCAUCUUCACGGCGUCGGAGCCAACCUAAACGCUCAGGACAUGUGGAACUACGCCACGCCGCUGAUCCUCGCCGCGGAGGGUGGCCACACCGACGUCGUACGGUUUCUCAUCGACAGGAGGGUUCGACUGGACGUCGAAGACAAGUUUGGGACGACGGCGGCGCAGAGCGCGCGGACGCCGGAUAUAAGGAACCUCAUCCACUUCGAACAGGUUCUCCGCAAGGCUGUGCUUGUCAUGCACGGCGCGACGAGGUUGGACCUGUUCCUGGGAUGGCGAGACCACGUGUUGUACGGCAAGGCUCUGCGCGCGAGGGACAGCAAGGGCACGUGGCAGAUGGUGUUUGCGCUCUUCAGCGAAAACAUCACGGCGCGAUACUACUGGCUCUGGCGCCAGUGGGAGCAGCGCGGUCGCAGACGCAGACGCGCGCUCGGCAAGAGACUCGAGCCCGUGGUCGCCGCGAUGGAGGCCACUCCUGGGUUCGCGGGCCUCAGCCACGCGCGGGUGGUUGAACUCGCUGAGAAGAUGUCCAAGGUUGAGGUCGACAAGGGCCACGACGUCUUCACCGAGGGCGACAGCGGCGAUAACGCCUAUUUCGUCGUCGUCAAGGGUAAGGUGGAGGUGUUCAUGACCGUGGAACACGAGGAGAGCAAGAAGGGCGAAUCCGAUGACGGUUCCGACGUCGAGGUCGUAACGACUCUAAGGGAGACCAAGGUUGCGAGCCUCAGGUCGGGCGUCGGAUUUGGUGAUUUGGCGCUGAGGUUCGACGCGCCGCGAAUGGCGACUGUCCGCGCCAUGCACAAGACCAGCCUUCUUCGACUGGAGCGCGAUGACUACCUCCGCGCUUUUCGCGAGGAGCGCGACGCGAUGGACGCCGCGGGGUUGAAGAAGCUCGCCGAGGAGCUGUGCGAGGCGGAGGAAGGCUUGGAGCCGGACGAGGCUGAGACGAGAGCGGCGGCGGCGAAGACGACAAUCGCGCCGGAGGAUCUCGUCGCGGUCAAGUCGCUUCCCCGCGCGCUGGAGCCGUGGGAGAGGGAGCUACUCGCCACGCUCCUCACUGUCGCGCGUUACGACAAGGGCGAGCGGCUUCCCGUCCCCCUGAGCGAGGCGGAUCGACUCGGCAUCAACAAGUUUAAGCAAGCCGCGAUGCUGCUCAAGCAGCAGACGGAGAAGAAGGCCAACGCGGCGGGGCUCGGGGCGCUCGACAAGGAAGACGGGUACGUCGGCGUCGUCAUCUCCGGUGAGAUCAAGGUCACGUGCAGGGUUUCCAACACCGGCGGGUUCGUCUCCGAGAGGGUCGGACCGGGUGGGCACUACGUAGCGCUCGCCGAGAAGAAGUUUGGUGAGGCGACGGUGUCGAGGCGCGGCGCCGUCUCCGUGGAGGCUGUCUCCGCCGAGCCCGUCGUCUGUGCCCUCCUUCAGGGACCCGACAUCAAAGCUCUGCCCCGUUCACUGCAGGAGCUGAUUUUCGAUGGAAGGACCGUCCCUGUGCGUUGGGAUCCGCUUCCGAGGAGCCUCGCGAGGUCCACGGCGGAGUGGCCAAAGUCUCGGCAGGAGGAGGACGAGGAACAGGCAAAGGCGGACGAAAAUUCCAAAAAAGACAAAUCCAAGUCCGACGAUGUAAAUGACGACGACGACGACGACGACGACGACGACGACGACGACGACGAGCUGGUUAUUGAUGAUCACGGCAUGAAAGCUGAGCUGGUCAAGGAGCUCACCGAGGCGUUCCACUUUGUCGACGCAGACCACGGCGGCGACAUUGACGAGAACGAAUUAAAGUCUGCGGCUCGAGCGCUUGGCUUUGAGCCCGACCAGAGAGAGCUCAAGGCUAUGUUCGACGCCCUUGACGAGGACGGCGGGGGCAGCGUGGACCUCGGCGAGUUCAUCAGUAAGGUGACCGAACGCAUCGCGGAGGUGACCCGCGACGACGCGCUCGACGUCGGUUUCGACUGCUUCGAUUUGGCGAGGAAAGGGUUCAUCGUCCUCGAGGAUGUAGCCGCGGCGGCGAAAACUGUCGGCGACAACGUCGGCUUGACCGAACUCGACGAGCUGAUGAACCUUGGCGAGGCGGACGCCAACGACGAUGGAGAGAUUGACAGGGACGAGUUCGCGACGAUCAUGGACUCGCACGAGACAACCGCGCCCGAGCGUAGGGAGAUUAUCCGUGAGGCCAUCGCCAAACAAUCGGAAGAGGCCAAACGAGCCGAAGCCGUCGCGGAGAUGCUGAUGGAGUACCGCGGCGAGGGUAACCUCCGUCAACACCUGCGCGAUAUCUUCGCCGACAUAGCGGGCCCGGAUAAGGACCCCGAAGAGGACGAGAUCGACGUCCGGGAUCUGAUCGGAGCGCUGAAGCGGGACAGCGACGGGGACGGAUCCCUGAGCGAGAUGCUCCAACUCCCGCGACGCCUCCGGUUUGACGACGGCUCGCGCGAUCGGUUCGAGACCAUCUUCCGGGAGAUCGACACCGACGGGAGCAAGACGAUCGACUUUGGGGAGUUCUUCGCUUACUUCAGGUCGCUGAAAAAAGAGAGGUGCGGGGAAAUUGUCAGGGCGGCGGUUGAGCGCAUGCGAGAGGACGACUCUGACUCUUCUUCUUCAUCGUCCUCCUCUGAUGACGAAGGUGGAGACGACGACAUCGCGGCGCUCGUCGAGGAGGACGAGAGACGGCGCAAGGAGGAGCCCGAGGGCGUCGAUGCCGUCGCCGCGGGGACCGCCGCGCUUGCCAGGCGGUGGGCCAAGAAGGUUCACGGGAAGGAAAAGAUCAACACGGUUGUGAACACGGGCGCAGUCGCCGCGGCGGCCAUGGCGCAAAGGUGGCAAAGGAAGACCUUCGCGCACAGGAACGAAUAGACACCAGGAAGGACGUAGACACCAGGAAGGACGUAGACACCAGAUAGCUAAUGAUAUAGACUAAUACGCCCACUUGAACG